AUGGCGUUUUGGAAACCAGGGACCGAGAAACCUCGUUUCGUCGAGGAUGAAGAAGGAGGCAUAGUGUUCAUGUCCAACAAUCCAGCUUCCUCUUCUUCUUCUUCGAGUUAUGGGUAUGCGAAUAUGGAGAAGCAGAGGCAGAGAUUGCCAGUGUACAAGUACAGGACUGAGAUUCUGUAUUUGGUGGAGAAUCACGCCACCACCAUUAUCGUCGGCGAGACUGGCAGUGGCAAAACUACCCAGAUUCCUCAGUACCUUAAAGAAGCUGGAUGGGCAGAAGGAGGCCGAGUUAUUGCUUGCACACAGCCAAGACGUUUAGCUGUUCAGUCGGUUUCUGCGAGAGUGGCUGAAGAGAUGGGAGUUAAUCUUGGGGAUGAAGUUGGAUACACCAUUCGAUUUGAAGAUCAUACAACUUCCGGUGUGACUAGUGUGAAAUUUCUCACAGAUGGGGUACUGAUCCGAGAGAUGAUGGAGGAUCCUCUCUUGACAAAGUAUAGUGUUAUUAUGGUAGAUGAAGCUCACGAGAGAUCUAUAUCAACUGACAUUUUACUUGGUCUCUUGAAAAAGAUACAACGUCGUCGCCCUGAGCUGCGCCUGAUUAUCUCGUCAGCCACAAUCGAAGCAAAAGCAAUGUUCAAUUUCUUCAAUUCCAGCAAAAAAAGCCAUGCACCAGAAGGUAGUACUCAUGGACCAAACUUGGAACCUGCAAUCUUAUCCGUUGAGGGCAGAGGCUUCAGUGUGAAAAUUCACUAUGUCGAGGAGCCUGUUUCAGAUUAUAUCCGAUCAGUUGUUUCAACGAUAUUGUUGAUUAAUGAACGAGAGCCACCUGGGGAUGUUCUUGUAUUUCUUACUGGUCAAGAUGAUAUUGAAACUGCUAUUAAACUUCUUGCAGAAGAAGCUCAUAGCAAUCAAAAGAAUUCUUCAGGACUGCUCCCUCUGCCACUAUAUUCAGGACUUUCGCGAGCAGAACAGGAAUUGAUCUUUACUCCAACUCCCAGAGGAAAGAGAAAAGUUAUACUCUCAACAAAUAUCGCAGAAACAUCAUUGACUCUGGAGGGCGUUGUCUAUGUGAUUGAUAGUGGUUUCUCAAAGCAGAAAUUCUAUAACCCAAUUUCAGAUAUUGAAAGUCUUGUGGUGGCACCAAUAUCCAAAGCAUCUGCUAGACAAAGGUCUGGUAGGGCUGGGCGAGUUCGGCCUGGAAAGUGUUACAGGCUAUAUACCGAAGAUUAUUUUCUCAACCAAAUGCCUGGAGAAGGAAUUCCGGAAAUGCAGAGGUCAAAUCUUGUUUCUACCGUGAUUCAGUUAAAAGCUUUGGGCAUAGAUAAUAUAUUGGGUUUCGAUUGGCCUGCACCUCCAUCCCCACAAGCAAUGAUCCGGGCACUUGAAGUACUUUAUUCACUUCAAAUCCUCGAUGAUGAUGCAAAACUCACUUCGCCAACAGGAUUCCAAGUUGCAGAACUUCCACUGGACCCAAUGAUAUCGAAAAUGAUCUUAGCUUCAGGUGAGCUUGGUUGUUCAGAUGAGAUCAUUACAAUCGCUGCAGUUCUCUCUAUCCAAUCCGUUUGGGUCAUUGCCAGAGGAGUACAGAAAGAACAAGAUGAAGCAAAACUGAGAUUUGCAGCCGCCGAGGGUGACCAUGUCACAUUCCUGAAUGUAUACAAAGUGUUUCUUGAGUCGAAGAAGUCUUCACAAUGGUGUUACAAGAACUUCCUCAACUACCAGUCCAUGAAAAAAGUUGUUGAAAUCAGGGAUCAACUCAAACGGAUUGCUCGGAGAUUAGGCAUCACCCUGAAAUCAUGCGAUGGAGACAUGGAGGCUGUGAGAAAAGCAGUGACUGCAGGGUUUUUCGCCAAUGCAUGCCGGUUAGAACCACACAGCAAUGGGGUAUACAAGACCAUUAGAGGCGCUGAAGAAGUUUAUAUUCACCCGUCAUCUGUCUUGUUCAGGGUGAACCCGAAAUGGGUGGUUUACCAAUCCAUUGUCUCAACAGAGCGUCAAUACAUGAGGAAUGUCGUCACCAUUAAUCCUUCUUGGCUGACAGAAGUUGCUCCACACUUUUACCAGAACCGGCAAAACGCUAUGUCCUUCUAA